CCGUGCCCGACUGUCUCAUCUGUCAUCCGGAAGCUUCGUCUGUCGAUGUAGAAGGAAAAAAAUCCCAGAUUCUUCAGAGAAGUUAAAGAAUUAGUCACGUAUUUGUUUAUUGCUGCAUUCGACGUAAUAUAGACGGUGUAACAAUGCAAGGUGAUCAGCAGCAGUUUUUCAGUAACCCAUCGUACCCACAGCCGCCGGGCUAUGGUGUCGGAUUUGCACCGCAGCCCGGAAUGCAACCCGGUAUGCAGCCCGGUAUGCAGCCGGGAAUGCAGGCCGGAUUUCACCCGAGCGCGUUCGCGCCUUCAGCCGGAUCGCCGGACGGGUACGUACCGUACGAUGCCGAAUCAGCAUCGGUGAAAGGGUUCGAUUUCAAUGAUCAAUCCAUUCGUCGCGGUUUCAUUAAGAAGGUGUACUCCAUUUUGACCCUGCAACUAUCGAUUACAUUCGUGUUUGUUGCCUUUGUAAUGAACCAUAAGCCAACGAACCUGUGGGUACGACAGCAUCCGGGCAUGUUCUGGGUGGCUUUCCUUGUGAUGUUCGGCACGCUGAUUGCUAUCUCCUGCUGUGGAGAGCUGCGCAGAAAGGCACCGGCCAACUUUAUGUUCCUGGGAUUGUUCACGUUUGCGGAAUCGUUCCUCGUCUCGAUGGUGGCGGCAAGCUACAGCUCGGAAGAGGUCAUGCUAGCAUUCGGUAUAACGGCCGCCGUCUGUCUCGGGCUGACACUGUUCGCCUUCCAGACCAAGUGGGAUUUCACAAUGAUGGGCGGCAUUCUGUUCACGGCCAUGAUCAUCCUGUGCCUGUUCGGUGUGAUUGCCAUCUUCAUCCCGGGCAAGACAGUGCAGCUGGUUUACUCGUCGCUCGGCGCACUGCUCUUCUCCGUCUAUCUCGUCUACGACACGCAGAUAAUGAUGGGCGGAAAGCACAAGUUCGCGAUCAGCCCGGAAGAGUACGUGUUUGCUGCGCUCUGUCUGUAUCUGGAUGUGAUUAACAUUUUCCUUCACAUCCUAUCGAUUAUCGGUGCAUCGAGGAAUUGAAGCGUUCGUCUACUUUUGUCAUCGAUGUAUUUCUUUCUCUAUCUGUUGUGCGUGUGCGUGCGUGUUGUAAUCGGUAUAGAUGGAAGGAAAUGGCGAAGAAUGGCAGCAUUGUAUUGUGCAGAUAUUACUCUUAUGUUAUCCACUUACCCCUCCAUCGGUCUAACAUGUUGAAUGAAAGCAUAAAGUACCCGAGCAUGGCACACACACACACACCGGUGCACAUUCUUCGGAAAGAUUUUAAAUCUCGUGGCCAAUCUGUUCGUAAAGCACCGUGCGCAUGCAUGAUGAAUACCUCUCAAUAUAUCAAACCGUAUUAAGCCCGGUCAUCAUGUACAGGCCGGAUACGGUCCAGGCAGUUUCCAUAAAGGAUCUGUUGAAGGUGGGAAAAUCGAAAUAAACUAUCGCAACGACGUUAAAUUACGAAAACAAAA